ACCCGGCGCUGCUCUCUGACGCUAAGCUAAUGCUAACGCUGGAACUCCUGAGGCAAGGCGGAUGCGUGUGGCAUCGGUUGUUGAAGUGGACCUGUGUCGUGUCGUGCUGUUAUAAACGCAGGAGCCCAGGGUGGAGUAUAGUACAUAUCUGAGGUGUGUGACUGCAGAGUUUCGGGGACGUUCAGGAUGGUAACCAUUCCAGAAUACUACACAGGGAAGAACGUGCUGAUCACCGGCGCAACGGGCUUCAUGGGCAAAGUGCUGCUAGAGAAGCUGCUGCGCUCGUGCCCCAGUAUCAGUAUGGUCUACGUGCUCGUGCGGCCCAAAGCCGGUCAGUCUCCGAGUGCCCGUGUCGCCGACAUGAUCAACUGCAGGCUUUUUGACAGAUUGAGAGAAGAGCAGUCUGAUUUUGCCGAGAAGAUCGUGGCGGUGAACAGCGACCUGACGCAGCCCGAGUUAAACCUCAGCAAAGAGGACCAGGACCUGCUAAAAGAGCACAUCAACAUCGUCUUCCACUGCGCCGCGACCAUACGCUUCAACGAGCCGCUCAAAGAUGCCAUGCAGCUGAACGUCUUGGCCACACAGAAGAUGCUGAGUCUCGCCCACGGGAUGAAGCAGUUAGAGGUGUUUAUUCACAUCUCCACGGCAUACGCUAACUGUGACCGAGAGCUCAUCGAGGAGGUCGUCUACCCGCCGCCCGUCGACUACAGGAAGCUCAUCGACACGUUGGAUUGGAUGGACGAUAAGCUGGUCGGUGUGAUGACCCCGAAGCUGCUUGGUGAACGACCCAACACCUACACCUACACCAAAGCCCUGGCUGAGUACCUGGUGCAACAGGAGUGCGGGAACCUCAACGUGGCCAUCGUCCGCCCUUCUAUAGUAGGAGCCAGCUGGAAAGAGCCAAUUCCUGGCUGGAUAGAUAACUUCAAUGGGCCGAGUGGAAUAUUCAUUGCUGCAGGGAAAGGAAUCCUACGCACCAUGAGAGCCUCUAACAGCGCUGUGGCUGACCUCGUGCCAGUCGAUGUGGUCAUAAACAUGACACUGGCUGCUGCUUGGCACUCAGGCUCACAGAAACACACCAGGCCGAAAAGUUUGUUGGUGUACAACUGCACAACCGGUUCGAUCAAUCCCUUUCACUGGGGUGAAGUCGAAUACCAUGUUAUAUCCACUUUCAAGAGGAACCCCCUCGAGCAAGCUUUCAGGCGGCCCAAUGUAAAUCUCACAUCCUAUCAUCUAAUCAAUCAGUACUGGAUUGCUGUGAGCCACAAGGCGCCAGCAUUCCUCUAUGAUCUCUUCCUCAGGAUGACAGGACGCGAGCCCAGGAUGAUGAAGACAAUCACACGCCUUCACAAGGCCAUGAUGGUGCUGGAAUACUUCACCAGCCACUCCUGGAUGUGGAACACCGACAACGUCACCAUGCUCCUGAAUCAGCUUGGAGUCGAGGACAGGAAGGUGUUUAACUUUGACGUCAGACAGUUACACUGGGCCGAAUAUAUGGAGAAUUACUGCAUGGGCACGAAGCAGUAUGUGCUGAACGAGGAGUUAUCAGGCCUCCCUGCUGCACGCAAACAUCUCAACAAGUUGCGAAACAUCCGCUACACCUUCAACACCGUCCUGGUGAUCCUGAUCUGGCGCGUCUUCAUCGCUCGAUCCCAGAUGGCACGCAACAUCUGGUACUUUGUAGUCAGCCUGUGCUUCAAGUUCCUGUCCUACUUCAGGGCGUCCAGCACCAUGAGAUACUAAAUCUCGUUCCUCUUUCCCGUCCCCUCCCUCACUCUUUCUCUCGUCUUCUCUCUCUUUUCUUCGAUAGCUAUGCAUACGCUCCAGCUCUGGCGCCUAGCGUGCCUCCGUUAGGGUCAGAUACCUGGCGGCCGCUUUGUAGAAAGCAUGGCGCGUCGCGGCUCCAGGCCAGUCUGCGCAACCGUAAACGAUUCCGCGUUACGGUUUACAGACGUCUGUGACUCGUUUCCCCGACUUUCCCCAUUCAAGCACAAGGUUGGAGAAUAGACGGCUAGUUCACUGCUUUGUGCCUCUUUUCUUUUUUUAUCGUCCGCCCGUUCGGUCCUUUAGGUUACCUCACGUGGUUCUUAUUUUUUUUUUAUCCCUCGAUAACUUCUUUUCGACUAAACUUUAACUAAGAAGGUCGCAGGUUGUCGGAACGUUCGGUUAUGCGAGGAACUCUCGUUUUUUUUUUUCUUUCAGGCGGACUAGCGCUCUAACGUUUUGCGUCGACUCUCGUAUUGUUAGUAUUGUUUUUUUUUGUUUGUUUUUUUUAACCUUCAGAAUGAUACAGGAAGAAUCUACCUGAAGAAUCUACCUGAUCACAGCACAAGCUUUCUCUAGUUUUUUUUUUUUUUUUUUCCACCAAACCACACUUCUAUUUAAGGUUUCAUCUUCAUUUACCUAAACGUGUAAAUACACAGAUGUACUAAUCAUUAUGAUUUGCUAACUCGCUAUUCCGAUACUCGUCCUUCGUCGUCGUUUUUAACACACGAGUUUAACUCAGCGCUGUGAAUAAGAAGUAGGAUUUUUUUUUUUCCACAGCAGCAGCUACAGAGGCUCAGUUCAUAGACCAGCUGCGUCUGGGUUGCAUAUCGUGCCUGAAUGUUGAAAAGCAAUUCUAGGUUUUUUUUCUAAACCAUUUGUGUACCAUUUUAGAUCACCCUCUCAAUACCAAGCAUUACUAGAGUCAGGGGCUAGUUAUUUAUGACGGAAAUAGACUUCGGGUCCUCUAAUGUAUAAUGUACUCGGCUUACACACGCUUCGUGUUUCUCUCUCUACCAUUUCUCGGCUGUGCGGCUCACGUUUCUGCGAACGGAAGCCGGUCCCGCCGGCCCAGACGCCGUAACGUUCUAAAAGUUUAAAACGUGAGCUUUUAAUGCUUUCUGUGGCGUGAAAGUAAAGCUUCUUGAUUUUCCUGCCGUGUGUAGAAUGUUUUCCCACCGAACAGCAGCUGGGAAAACACUAGAACUUGUCGUGCUGAGCCCAAGAGGAAUUUCACCCGGACGUGAGUUCGUCUGUAUAUACUGGGCUGGGAUCAGAGUUUGGGGGUGCUAUAACUUUUGCAAAACACAAAUGAAUAGCUGUAAUUGGCAUCCAGGUGUUUUGGUUUUUUUUAAGUGACAAAUAUGCAGCUAAUACCAAAGCUUCAUUUACAGCAAAAACAGAACCCCAAAACAAAUGACACGUAAGACCAAGCGUGGAGAUCAGUGCAGGAAACGAGCGACCAGUGUGGAGCAGUUUAAACUGACCCCCAGGGACAAACUCCAGGUUCAUCGUCACAGUAAAGAUUAUAAUAAAAAAAAAUCCCUUCUUUGUUUUUAGGGGUUUCCGGUGAAAUACAUACGACGACUUUAAACGGAAGGGAAAAAAGGUUUCGGAAAAAAUUUCCCUGUAGAAAGUGACAAAGCUCCAACGCCGGAGUUUGUUCGUUGUUCCAUUAGAGGUUUUUUUCGAAUUAGCUGUUACCAUAGAAAAAAGAAAAAAAAAACAUGGCUGUCUCUGACCAAUCAGAUUCGAGCAGCUAAACUUAAAAUUGUCGUAUUCAGCUUUCUGACCGCUCGAGCCGAUCAGGAUGGAACCGUUAACUCGACCACUCCUUUAAUUUCCGAUAACGUGCGUGAUUAUAAUACAGUGAUGUAAUUGUAACGAUCGCAAUCAUUCUAAUGACUUUAAUGAGCUUGGAUCUGUGUGAAUUACGGAUUAUCCGUUUCAAAUCCAUCUCGGGUGAAAUUCCUCUCGGAAAAACCGAUGCCAGGAUUUUCCUCUUGCUCCGAUUCGGUUCGCUUCCCCCCGAACUUCGCUCGGGUCUCGUCCUCGACCAAGCCAAUGCUCACUCAUCGCCCUGUUCUCGCCUCGUCUCCGUCGCCCUCGUAGUCACGACAUCACUCCAGAUAUUGCUUAUCACGUUGUUAUUGUUUUUUUUUUUUUUACUCUUCUAAUUGUUAAAUGCCACAGAAGUUGAUGUCGAAAUUGUGUGUGUGAGUGUGGGGGUUGGUUGGGGGGGGGUGUACAUUGGAUGCCUUGUAUUUGUAAACCAAAUAACUGGAAUAAAACGACGUGAAACGUCA